UAGUUUGGUCAGAUUUUCUGUCCAUGCGCCCUGGAUCAGCUAUUGACAAAAGCACAAUCCUAUUCACAUUUUCCUGACCCUUCGUAACGUGCAAAUAUCACUCUCACUAUACGCUUCCCGUUGCAUACGGUGUAUUUAUUUCUACCGUCGAAAGAAACAGGCGACAGGAAGGCGCUUUAAAAAAAACGCCGUAUUUUCCCGGCAUUUUCACAAGAUGUCGUUCUCUAAAACCAAAGGAUUGUUCAUUUGCUGUAUUGCACUGACUAUCUGUCUAUUGUAUACCAUGAUGACAAAAGAUGAUUAUGAUAUGGCUACCAGAUAUGCUCCUCGAGGUACCGAUUUGACAACAAACCGCCACGGAGAUCUAGGACAACACCAGGACGAAUCAUCGACGCCCUAUCAAAUUAAACUAGGAAAUACAAUCAGCAAUGCAUUAUAUAAGCUGUACAUGGCAAAUGGGAGGCCUGUAGAAACGUCACUUCAUAUUACAAACGGACAAAUCUCAAUCGCCGCAAUUGAUGGUCCCAACGACGACGAUGAUGAGGAGGACUACGACUUCAAUGACGAUGACGAUGACAAUGAAUACGAUGAUGUCUUCAUGGAGACGGGUGAGGAGGAUGACUAUAGUUGGAGAGAUGUCAUGGACGAUCUAAAGUACGAUUCUGAGGACGAUGACGAGAAAGUUGGUCUGUGGUCGAAUACCACGACGGAUACGGGAGCAGAGGAUCCUGCAGCCGCGAUGAGAGGAUAUAAUGAUAGGAGUGCGAGCAGUUUGGAAGGGGAAAAGAAGUUCCGUUAUCUUUGGAAUGAGUGGGACCCUGCCGGUUGGAUGAAACUCCCACUAGUAUCCGGAAAACAAACCGAGAUGGAAUUGGGGAGCCCUGCUAUUGUGUUUAACAGAGUCGGAAAGUGUGGCAGCCGUGUAGUCAUCAAUGUUCUACAAGAACUGUCGAAAAGUAAUCGGUUUUAUCUCGUGUGCUCGCUUACCUACAACCGAACGAGGCUCACUCCUUCGGCAGAGGAACACUUGGUCAAAGUUACAAGCAGUCUUAAGAGGCCAAAUAUAUUCCAGAGGCACAUCCAUUUUAUCGACUAUUCAAGACACCAGAUGCCGCAACCACUGUAUAUCAACAUCAUUCGAGAUCCAUUGGAUCGGAUGGUAUCUCAAUACUACUACAGCAGGUUUGGAGAUGAGCGUAGCACAGGACAUAUCAAAGGAAAAUAUCAAUAUCAGACGUUUGACGAGUGUGUUUUGUCUGGAAGCGAAGAGUGUUUAGGACCCAAAGCGUUCUACAUCAUCCCCUACUUUUGCGGGCAAGACUUGAAUUGCACAAAAGACAGACCUUGGGCGUUCCAGAAAGCUGUAGAGAACCUCAACAAGUACUACAUCGUCACGGGUAUCCUGGAAGAGCUCGAGGAUACCUUCCGGUUGUUUGAGAGAGUCCUACCAUCUUUCUUCAAAGGUGCACUGGAGAUUUACCAAUCAUUAUCUAUCGGAGACAAUUUGAAGAAGAACCUUACUACAACAGUAACCAAGCACAAAAUCAAACCUUCCCCUGAAGUAUCAAGAAUCAUGAAGGAGCAUAUGAAACUGGAAUACAGCUUUUACGAAUUGGUCAAAGAGAAGUUCCAUGAUCAGAAGAGAAGGCUCGGGAUUGUGUGAUGAAUGAAAAGUUGAGCUCUAUAUACAGUAAAUUAACAAACUCGGGAAAGCUCGGGAUGAGAUAGGAAUGACCUCGGAGUGAGCUCGGGAUAAUCUUGGAAUGAGACUGGAAGGAGAUCGGGAUGAGCUCGGAAUCGAGAUGAGCUCAAAAUGAGCUCGGAGUAAGCUCGGGUUGGAAUUGAUAUUUUUGAUAUAGGUGUUUUUCUCCUCUUUUCUUAAUCCACAUAGCAUUCCAAAGGCUGAAUUACAUGGAGUUUACGAAGUAAAAUGGCAAUACUAUAUCAUAGUUAUACAAUAAUAUGAAUUAGAGAAAGGGAGAGAGAGAGAAGGAGAGAGAAUGAGAGAGAGGGAGAGAGCCUGAGAGAGAGAGAGAGCGGGGGAAGGGGGCGAAACACAAAUGUGACAGUAGACUCUAGACGAAGAAAGAUAUUAUAAAUAACUGAAUAAGUGAGUGCAUGUAUUGAUUAACUAAAUAAUCAUGUGUGGUGUCACUAAUGGACAUACUAAUAUAUACUGAUGAUUUCAUUUGUUCAAUAUGAAAAGCUUCGUGCCAUGCUACA